CAGAAUUUCUACAAUCUUCAAAAAGAUGAGCAGCCUCAUGUAAGGCAAAAGAACAAAAACUCUCUUUCUGAAAAGCUCAAAGAAAUGCAGGCAUUCUUUGGAUUAAAAGUGACUGGAAAACCUGAUCUUAGCACUUUGGAGGUCAUGAAAAAACCCAGAUGUGGUGUCCCUGAUAUAGGGAAAUACGUAUUUACAGAAGGGAACCCAAAGUGGAAGAGCAAUCAUCUCACAUACAGGAUUACAAAUUAUACCCCACUUAUGAGACGAGCUGAUGUAGACGAAGCAAUCCAGAAAGCUUUCAGUGUUUGGAGCAAUGUCUCACCACUCACUUUCCAGAAGAUUGAAGAGUUUGAAGACAAAGUAGCAGAUAUAAUGAUCUCUUUUGUUGUCAGAGAUCAUGGAGACAACUCUCCUUUUGAUGGCCCCAAUGGGCAGUUGGCUCAUGCUUUUCAGCCCGGUGAUGACAUUGGUGGAGAUGUGCACCUUGAUAAUGAGGAAUCCUGGACAAAAGAUGGAAGAGGAUAUAACUUGUUCAUUGUUGUUGCUCAUGAGCUUGGCCAUUCAUUGGGUUUGUCUCAUUCCACUGACCCUGGAGCACUGAUGUAUCCUACUUACUCCUAUACUGACCCUAAGGAAUUUCAUCUUCCACAGGAUGACAUUAAUGGCAUUCAAGCCAUCUAUGGAAAGUCUAACGCCCCAGUACAGCCUACAGGACCCACAACUCCCCAAGCCUGUGAUCCUAAUUUGACAUUUGAUGCUAUUACUACACUGCGUGGAGAAAUGAUGUUCUUCAAGGGCAGAUACAUCCUGCGCAAGCAUCCUCAGAGGACAGAGACAGAACUCAACUUUAUCUCCCUGUUUUGGCCAAAGUUGCCUUCAGGAAUUCAAGCCGCCUAUGAAAAUGUCGAAAGGGAUGAAGUUUUACUUUUUAAAGAGGAUAAAUAUUGGGUUCUCAGAGGUUAUGACAUUGCACAUGGCUAUCCUAAACCAAUCUAUCAUUUUGGAUUCCCAAAGACUGUUAAAAGAGUUAAUGCAGCUUACAGUGAUGAAGCCACAGGAAAAACAUACUUCUUUACAGCUGGCAGAUACUGGAGAUAUGAUGAAAACAAAAGAUCCAUGGAUCAUGGCUAUCCCAGAAAAAUAGCUUCAGACUUUGGAAAAAUUGGCAGAGUUGAUGCUGUUUUCCAGAAAGAUGGCUAUAUCUACUUUUUCCAUGGAACAACUCAGUUCCAGUUUGAUCCUCGUGUCAAAAGGAUUGUCAGAAAAAUGAAGAGCAACAGCUGGUUUGAUUGCUAAUUGCAAUU